AAUAUAAUAUUGUAGCCGUGUUGAACGUUUAAGCGUGCCCAAGUUUUAAGUUUUUCACGAUUUUCAAGGGGAAGUGGUUACUGUUUUUUACAAUAAUUGUUAUAGUCUAGGAAUAUACCUACAUUUCUCGCCUUGGCGUCGAACGUAUCACGGUUCAAUCAAUUACAUCCACGUUCAUCAAAUUUUGUUUUUUUGCUUUUGCACCUGUGACAGUGUAAAAUAAAAUUUAGGUUAAACGUUGUUGAAACUUAGUUCGAACUUUUUUUUGCCGUUUAUUCGCCAUUUGACUUAGGUUCCAACGGUCGUUGUUCAUUACACCUAACUGAAUUUUAACUAUUUUGAAAACCCCCAACUAUGCAUUUCAAGAUCGCUGUUAUUCUCUGUGCGCUGUAUUUCAUAACAUCAGCAUGGAGCAACGGGCUCAGCAAGGCGCAAAUAGAAACAGCUAUUAAUAUGUACAAAGAAUAUCCAGAUUACGCAGCAUUAAAGAAUUAUUUGUUGACGUUAGCCACAGAUGACACCACAAAAGCCGGCGAAUCUAAGGAAGGCAAAGUGAUCGAUGCAGGCGGGGUCGUUUUUUACAUAGACUUAUUCCAGUCGUUUGACGUGGACGGGAACGGUGUCAUUUCCAAGGAGGAGUGUUCAGCUUUAGUAAAAAUGUUAACAUCAAGGAUCAAGGAAAAGAAACUCGCUGUCGAAAUUCCGGAAAAUAUCGUUGCAGCAUUAAAUGAUGAAAUAAACCUUGCGGAAUUCUUGAAAAUCAUCAUUGCCUUUGAGAUAGACAUCGAAUAACAGGCCGGAAAACCCCUUCCUUGAAGAUUAAAUAUUUAAUACUGUGCAUGUUCAAUAAUCAAAAAAAUAAUAACGUUUGUAGCAUUACGUUUAUUUAUAUUUGUUUUUGUAAUAUUUGAAAAUAUCGCUUUGUAUUGUCUAAUAUAUAAAAAUAACAUUGUUGGGGUUUUUGUUUGUUUUUGGUUUUGGGAUAUAUACUGAAUA